AUGGCCUCCGCUAUUCCUCCCAUCACCGGCAUGCUCCGCCGGGGUCUCGUCCUUGACCUGAGCACCGCUUUCGGUUUCGGUACCACCUUCGGUUACCUCUGGUGGUACGGCUACCACCUCGACCGCGUCCGCGAGCGUGACACCUACUACGCCAAGCUCGAGCAGGAGCGUGCUGCUCAGAAAUAA